AUGAUGAACGUGGUUACGGGCGUUUUCGUCGAGUCGGCCCUCGGGUCGGCAAGAGAGGACCGUGAGAAGGAGGUGAUCAGCUCGGUGAAGAAGAUCUUCCAGGUUGCUGACCACGACCAAAGCGGUGUCCUCACCUGGAGCGAGUUUUCGAAGACGCUGGAGGAGCCAUCAAAUUUGAAGUACUUCGGCAGUCUUGGCAUCAACGCGAGUGAGGCGAGAGGUCUCUUCGGCCUUUUAGAUGCGGAUGAGUCAGGCAGUGUGAGCCUGCAGGAGUUCAUGCAAGGCUGCUUGCGCCUGCGGGGACAGGCGAAGUCCAUUGACAUGGCCACCCUGAUGUAUCAGAACAAGCGUAUCGUCUUCUGGCUUGCGGACAGGUUGGAACGCCUCGAGGGCAGCCUGCGUCCCAUGGAGAGCGAUGGCAAGGUGGUGCCGUACAAGAAGAACGACUCCAUGUCCAAGGUGGGCCCCGUGGUUAAGACUUGGAUGGAGCUCACGAACGAGCACAAGUCAGGCAGGAGAAGGGGCUCGAGCAAGUGA